AUGAGGUGGGAGAGGUGGGUGAGCCGACUGAGCCGAGUGAGGCGGGUGACCGUGCGCUGCAUCAAAACAGCCGAAGAGCAAGAGGAAGCAGUGGACGAGGACAAAGCCGAUGAGAGCGAGGUGGAUCCCUUCGAGCUGCUGGACGAGACGAGCGAGGAUAAUGAAGAGGAGCAUCGCAUGUACCGCGAGUAUCUCGAUCUGACGAAGGAGAUCGAUUGCCAGAAUGCAAUUAUAAGCGAUCUGAAAGAGCGAACACGCGAUCUGUGUGAGAAUCCCUGCAAGACCUACAAGGAAAGGAACGAGAUAAAACAAUUGCUCAACUGCCUCGAUAAGGAGAAAAUCAAACUGAAUAUCAUGAUUAAUCGGGCUAUGCAACUGCAGAACUUUGGAUCGAAGAGGGCCUAUGGCGCUAUAGAGCUAGCCACAACCACUAUAGAGGAGAAUUUACUCCGCAGCGCCGUAAGUUGCUCAAAGACCAUCAAAUGUGCGUCAGCCAACAGCAAGCCAAAAACUGCGCAGGAAAUUUGCGAUGCCCUGGAUGAUUCGGACUCGGACUCCGAUGACGAUUGUUGUUGA